AUCUUAGGCAAAUCUCAUAUUGACAAAGUAAGAGAGAUAUCCAUAAUUCAUGAGUAAGAAGUCGACAUUAAUUACCAGACGCGUUUUUCGGGUGAAAUGAAAGAGUUCUUGUAAAAGUUUCAAUGUUAAACAUGCUUAUCGUAAAAUAAUGCUAGAAUUAGUGACCUACCCUAAAGUUACCUUGAUAUGAUGUGCAUCUAAAGACAAAAAUCGUGCGAGUUUAGACAAAAAGCGAAUAAUAUCUUGAUCUGAACCAUGUUCGAAAUGGUACAAAUAAUGUAGAGCAUUUUAUUUUAUUUGUAAAUGCAAGAUCUUGAAGCUAUAAGGUACGAUAACGUGAUCAAGUGCGGAGGCCGUGCCUUGAUAGGGUGUUCCACUGCACAUCCUUGAAUUGGAACAAUAACAGGAUUAAGAUAUAUUAGUCUACUUGCAACAACAAACCUAUUCUUAUUACUAGUAUUUCUAAUAGAAAACUACAAUUAAUAUCAUACAUUUAAAUUAUCUUUAAUCAUAGAUUAACACAUAAUUUGCAAAUAAACAAAAUCAAAUCAAAACCACAUGCGAAUAACUCAAUCUUUAAAUCUUCAAUUGUUAGAUAAUUGUUAGCUCCAAUGUGUGACGACUCUCAUUCUCUUAUAAUACCACUAUGCCAAUUAUUGGUGUUUGUAUCUAAUUAUCCUCAAACAUGGUUGCAAAGUCGCUCGCCUCUACCAUCUCAUUCCAACCGUCGGUCCUCGGCUAUCCAUGAUCACUUGACCGACUUUAACGACACAAAUUUGAAUGAUUACUAGUAUUUGGUAGAAUAUAUUGACAAUAAGUCUUUGGUAAUUUAUAUGAACAAUACAUAUUUUAUAAAUUUUAUUCAGAGUAUAUAAGACGUUGGGUCAUGACAAAUAAUUAAUAAAUUUUCAUAUAAGAUAUAUUUACUUUUUAAAAAACUGCACCCAUUGCAUAAAAUCCUAGCUACGCUAAUGAACGUGAUCAACAAUAAUUAAUAGUUCCAAACCUUGAAAAUUGUGUGUGAGAUGAUACAGAAACUGCCUGAUUCGAUCCAUCUCCAUAUCUUCAACUGAGUUCGACAUCUAGAACACUAUUCGAAUCCAAGUAUAUGUACCGCGUGCGUAGAUACUCGGCUGAAGAGUUAAUUAAUUAAUUAAUCAUUUUAAUGCGAUGCAACCAAAAGUCAAAUUGUGCGUUCGUUUCCGGGUCAACUAUAUAGCAUGAAGCCAGCUCCCGCGCUUGGAGCAACAAACAUAUCUGCGCCCCUUAUUAUUAUUAUUAUUAUUAUUAUUCUAUAACAUAAAGCGAAUUCUUAAUUAGUUUGUAGGCAAUAUUAAUUGGCACGUGUCAUGCAUUAAUGGGAAUUGAAAUUUGAAACAAACCUCAAGUCAAGUUAUAUGUCCGUUUCCGCGGUCAACAAUUUGGUACUGUGUAGAAUACGAUCGAGUACGUGUCUGUAUACAAUGGAAUCAAAAGUAUGCAUAUAUAUAUUUAUAUUGAAGCACAGCUUGAAGAGUUGGCAUUCACAAAGCAAAUCAAGUCUCAUCGAUCAAUUUUCAAAGGGAAGCGAUUGGAGGAGAAAGCGUUGGAGAAGAAGAACCAAGGAAAAGACGAUCGAGCUAGCUAGCUAGCUAGCGUGCGGAAGAACAUAUAGAUAAUUCAGCCCAGGUACGUAGCUAUAUAGAAAUUUGGUGUGUCGUUGUGUAUAUACGAUUUUCUUCGCGAUCGAUAACAAGAAGUAUAUACAUAUUGUUCUUAAUUACUUGAUUUAUUCUCGAUUUAUAUAUAAUCACAAUCGCAUCCAUAUAUAAUGAAUUAGUAUUCUUUAUUUAUACAGGCAAUUAGAAUGACUGCAAGUCAAUCAAUGAAAGUUUCAGUGAGGUCAAGAGAGAUUGUGAAACCGCAGCCAUUAAAGUCCAAGACCGCCAUGGAUGGUGAAGUCGAGGGCGAGCAGAGACGUCCUCCUUUCAAAUUAUGCUUUCUGGACCAGGUCACUCCACCAUACUACACUCCGCUUGUCCUCUUCUACCCUUUGACCAGGAAGGAGAGCAAGAUCGCUUACUGGAGCCCCGAACUAAUGUCCAACAACCUCAAGAAAUCGCUAUCCCACGCCCUCACCUCUUUCUACCCGCUAUCCGGAAGGGUGAAAGACAAUGCCAUCGUUGACGACUUCGAAGCAGGCGAUCCCUUCAUCGAAUCUCGCGUCCAGGGCCAUCGUCUCUCACAAUUUCUCGACCCUCCCAAGCUAGAAUUUCUCAACAAGCUUCUCCCUGUCGAACCAUGUUGUCGCCACACCGAACCCGGGCAGUUGCCUCCUCCACAAGUCACCGUUCAGAUGAACACAUUUGACUGCGGCGGGGUCGCAAUCGGCCUGUGUUUCUAUCACCAGACCAUGGAUGGCGCCACCAUAAGCACGUUCCUCGAGACUUGGGCGGCUCAGUCCCGCCAAUUAAUCGCGCCUGAUAGUGCAAAAAAAGUCGCACACGUGUCUUUAAUUGACACGCUGUGGUUUCCACCGGAGAAGAACACCGCCGCCACAGCCGCAACCACCAGGAGAUUCGUGGUCUCGAAUCCCGCGAUAGCCGCCCUGAAAUCUCGGGCGACUGGCGCGGGCAUUGAAAAUCCAACUAGGACCGAAGCAAUAUUAGCUUUCGUUUGGAAAUCCAUGCUGGCAGCGGCCGCAGAUUCCGAAUCUCCGAAGCCGUUGUGUCUUUGUCAAUCCGUCAACUUGAGGUCAAGAAUGAAGAAGAAGAAUAGUACUCAUGGUCAUGAUUUGAUAUUUUCACCACACUCCAUUGGAAACCUCUUCUCGGUGGCGGUGUCGUUUUGCGACAAUCCUGAUGACGUGGACGAUGACGAUUUCAUUUGCUUUCUAUGUUGUUGUAUCAUCAUUUUAAUAAUAACUUCUUUCUGUCUUUGCACUUGUAAUACGAGUAAUCGAGUAUGAACGUUACGUAACGUACGUCUGAUUUUUAGCGUUCCUACUUUGGGUCCUUAACUAAUGUGUGAUUUAUCACGGGCCAGGCUCCCAAGAUGAAUGAUCUGGUUGGGCCCUUCUUUUACUAGGCCCAAUUCUUUAAGAGUUGACACGCAAGCUAUCUGGUUCACUGGAGAAUCAUAUCGUAAAUAGUAAAAACUAAAAAGUGAAUUAUUAAAAAUUUGACCUUUUGAGAAUUUAGGAUGAAGAAAUAUCAGCACAACUAAUAAAACCCGGUUGAGGGGUAAACAAUUCCUUGAAUAAGGUUCUCAUUGGUUU